GACGUAGAAAUUGCCCACCUUCCAGAAAGCAACAAAUUCACUAGGCCAGAGUUGAAACGUUAUACAACAUCAAUAAAGUACACAAAAGCAGAAGGCACUUCAUCCAGAAGAAAGUCCAACGGAGCAGUCAUGAAUCCUGAUAUUAGCCGUGAACGUGAAAAUGCAUCUUUUAACCCGGAGAUCCUUACGAACAUACUGGACGGUGGUGCAGAAAAGACACGCAGGAGGAGAGAAAUAGAGUCUCUGGUUAUUAGUGAUCCAGACUUCCAGCAUGAAGACCUGAACUUCCUCUCCCGCAGUGAGCGAUACGAUGCAGCAGUGCGCAAGAGUGCUCAGAUGAUUUUGAAACUGAGGGAAUAUGGUAUCUCUGAUCCAGAGGAGAUUUACUCCUACAAGAGUGUUGCGAAGGGUGUGUAUCAAGAGCCCUUUGGUGUCCAUUAUGUCAUGUUCAUGCCCACCCUAAACAGCCAGUGCACUGCUGAACAGCGCAAAAAAUGGAUCCCGUUAGCCGAGUCGUUCCAUAUGUUAGGCACCUAUGCUCAGACAGAGCUGGGGCACGGUACACACAUUCGUGCUCUUGAGACCACUGCUACUUACGACCCUUCCACCCAAGAGUUUGUUUUGAACAGUCCAACAAUCUCCUCUAUUAAAUGGUGGCCAGGUGGAUUGGGUAAAACCUCAAAUCAUGCUAUAGUCCUGGCUCAGCUUUACACGCAGGGCAAAUGUCAUGGCCUACAUGCCUUCAUCACACCCAUUCGCUGUAUGAAGACACACAUGCCACUGCCAGGUGUAGUGGUUGGUGAUAUUGGCCCCAAAUUUGGUUUUGAUGAGGUGGAUAAUGGCUACUUAAAACUGGAAAAUGUCAGGAUUCCACGUGAGAAUAUGCUGAUGAAGUAUGCCAAGGUUGAGCCGGACGGUACAUAUGUGAAGCCUCCUAGUGAUAAGCUCACAUAUGGCACUAUGGUGUUUAUUCGCUCCAUGAUAGUGGGGGAGUCAGCACGAGCACUCUCUAAGUCCUGCACUAUUGCCAUUCGAUACAGUGCAGUCCGACACCAGUCUGAACUACGCCCAGGAGAACCAGAGCCACAGAUCUUGGACUAUCAGACCCAGCAGUAUAAACUAUUUCCUCUGCUGGCCACUGCCUAUGCCUUCCACUUUGUGGGGCAAUACAUGAGUAAAACAUACCAUCGCAUCUCAGGAGACAUUAAUCAGGGUGACUUCAGUGAGCUGCCAGAACUGCAUGCUCUAUCUGCAGGUUUGAAAGCUUUCACCACCUGGGCGGCGAAUACAGGCAUUGAGGUUUGUCGCAUGUCAUGUGGUGGACAUGGUUAUUCCCGCUGCAGCAGUUUACCCGACAUCUAUGUCACCUUUACGCCAACCUGCACUUAUGAGGGAGAAAAUACAGUAAUGAUGCUGCAAACAGCUAGGUAUUUGGUGAAGAGCUACAAACAAGCAUGGGCAGGACAGCAGUUGACAGGCAUUGUUUCUUACUUGAAUGAACCUCAGAACAGAAUACAGCCCCAUUCUGUGUCCUCCCGGCCCACUGUUGUCAGUAUUAAUGACCUGGCCUGCCUCGUGGAGGCAUACAAAUUCAGAGCUGCAAAGUUAGUUGAAAUUGCAGCUAAGAACCUCCAGGCAGAGCUACAGCACAGCAAGAGCAAUGAGGACGCCUGGAACAACAGUUCCAUUGAUCUAGUCCGAGCAUCUGAUGCUCAUUGUCAUUAUGUGGUAGUGAAGCUGUUUGCUGCUAAACUGAGUGAGAUUGGGGAUACGGCUGUCCACUCUGUGCUUAGCACUUUGGCUCUGCUUUAUGCCCUUCAUGGAGUCGCACAGAACUCUGGAGACUUUUUACAGGCUGGUCUGCUAAGUGUUCCUCAGCUGGCUCAGAUCUCACAGAGGCUGAAGGGUCUCCUCUCAGAGCUAAGGCCAAAUGCAGUGGCUCUGGUUGAUGCCUUUGACUACCGUGAUGAGAUGCUUAAUUCUGUUCUGGGGCGAUACGAUGGCAACGUCUAUGAGCACAUGUUUGAGUGGGCCAAGAGAUCGCCUUUGAACCAUACUGAGGUGCAUGAGUCUCACCACAAGUACUUGAAGCCCCUACAGUCCAAAUUGUAAGCAGUGCAUUAAUGGGAGAAAGGGAAGAGUCAGUCCAAGACAACUUAUACCGUUAGCUCCACCACCUCAAGAUUUCCUUGUCAUCUACUGUAGAAAAGGACCUUCUAUUCAUCCCAUGAAAGGAUUCUGCUGUCAGAGAUGAGAUUAUUUUUGAUUAAUUUUAAACGGAUAUGGUUCCAUUAUGCAUUCUAAUUAUUUAGAGCAGUAGACCAUGAUUGCUUUCUCUGUGCACUUAAAAUAAAUGAUCAUUUCAAGUGAAUCCACAUUCAUUACUUUUUGUAAUUGUUUAGAUUAUUGGUAACACUUUACAAUAAGGUUCAUUAGUUAACAUUAGUUAACUACAUUAGUUAACAUGAACUAAUAAUGAACUGCACUAAUACAGCAUUUAUUAAUCUUUGUUAAUGUAUUAGUAAAUGUUGAAAUUAACAUUAUUAAAAUCUUAACAUUAGUUAAUGCACUGUGAACUAACAUGAACAAACAAUGAACAACGUUAACGAAGAUUAGUAAAUAUAGUAAAAAAUGUAUUGCUCAUGGUUAGUUCAUGUUAAUACAUUAACUUAAUGUUUUACUAAUUAACCUUACUGUAAAGUGUUACCAGAUUAUUUGUAUGUAAUUUUUGCUUAAUUUGUCUCUCUAAAGUAAGUGAUGUUACAAUAAACAUAGUCCUGAUCCUUCAAAAUCAAACCAUAUUUGUAUGAAUUCCAAAAUUCUCUGGGUCACAAACUUCAAAUGAAAUACUAAAAGUGAAUGUUGCACUAUGAAUACUGUGAGUAACUUUUGAGUUUGAAAUGCUAUUUACUAAAUAAUUAAAUUUUUGAGGGUCAGACAUACACACCCUUUUAAAAUCAUGCCUUAAUGAGACCUCCAGACAGAAAUGUUUAAAAAAAAAAAAUCAAAAUCAGUGUAUUGGUUAUAUUGCAAUGAUUUAUACUAUUUACAUAGUUAUACUAAUCUGUGACUAGAUAAUUUUUUUUUUUCACAUUGUUAUUUCAACUCUUAUGCUACAUUUUAAUAAAGGAAAAAUAUAACAUUUA